AUUCUGCUGCCGUUUUGUUUUGUGUGCAGCUGCUGGAUUUAAAAUGGAGGUGACUUUUGUAUGUUAAUAAAAAUUUCACGUAGAUCAUGAAUGUAUUUACCAUAGGAGAAUCUUUUUUCUUUUAGCUUUUGAAACUUGUUUUUAUGUGCUUCGUUUUGAAUACUGUAUGAUUUUGCCAGUUGAACUGUAAAAGGAAAUACUUUACAGUAAUGAGAACUAGAUCUCAUGACACGAAAAAAAUAUUGAUUUAUCUUUUAUAGAGUCAGUUUACGAAAAUCAAAGAUUUUAUUUUCUUUGAUAUGGGUAGCAAAAAGCAUAAGAAGCAUCACAAGUCGGAAAAGAAGGAUGCUUCGUUCGAUGAUCGCCAAGAAAAGCCUCUAAAACUUGUCUUGAAAGUCGGAGGCUCUGUUCAAUCACCUGUGCAUUCUUCAAAUUCAUCUUCUGCUCCAAACCCAGUGCCACGUGUUUCACCAGAUGUGAAACCUCCUGUUUUUGAAGAGCCAAAAAUGGAAAAGUCAACUAGUCAUUCACACGAAAAACAUAAAAAGUCCAAAAAGAAAAAGAAGAAGAAAUCUACUGAUAAAGACAAAGAAAGACAUGAUCGAAAAAGAAAGCACCAACAUCAUCAUCAUCAUCAUCAUCACAGAGAACACUCUCAUGAAAGAAAGGAAAAGAGAAGAAAGGAGCUUGACAGUAGUAGAUUGCUAUCUGAAGCUCAUGAUUCUCGAGACUCACUACCAAUCAGAGCAAUGGAACCACAUUCAGUGCCGAUUGACAAACCGGUGAGAGAUGCUCGAACGUGCACACUAAAAAGGAAAGCACAGAAGUGUCCUCUGCAAAUAUUGUUGUAUUAUCUUCUGAAAAAAUUGCAAUUGAAAGAUCCACAGGAGUUCUUUGCAUGGCCUGUUACUGAUGUAAUAGCUCCUGGUUAUUCCAGUAUUAUUGCAAAUCCAAUUGACUUUAGUACUAUAAAUAAGAAAAUAGAUGAUAGAGAAUAUAAAUCUGUUUCAGAAUUUAAGAGUGAUGUCAAACUUAUGUGUGAUAAUGCUAUGACAUACAAUAGAGCUGAUACUGUAUAUUAUAAGUCUGCUCGAAGACUGUGGCAUGUUGCUCAGAAGCUAAUGAAUAGGGAUCAGUUAAUGAGCUUGAAGCGCAGUUUUCCCUAUAUGCUGGAUUUGACUGUCGAAGAAUUAGGCUUUGAUAUUAAUGAUGAAAGUGAAGAAUCAUUGCCAGGAACUGAAAUUGUUGCUGAUCCAAGUGUUACAGCACAGCCUGAAGCAAAAAAAUCAAAAGUUGUUCCAUGUUGGAAUACUGUCGAGCUUGAUGAUGAUGAUGAUGAAAUGAGCCCAGAAGAAAUUUUAUUGCAAGCACAAAAAGCUGCUAAAGCUGCAGCUGAUAGAUUAACUCUAAAGCGUCCUAAUAGCAAGUUUGGAUUUCUAAGGCAAAAUGAAAAUGGGACUACUACUCUUUCAAUAGUGCAUCCAAAACCUGGUGACAGAGAUGUAAAAGUCAAUUUGGAAAUGUUAACAGGGAAAAUUAAUCAAGGUACUGGGUCAAUUGUUGGCUUUAAGGAAGAUUCUAAAAACAUUAUUAAGCCAGUUCAGUACACCAAUUAUGGUCCAUACAGUUCAUAUGCUCCCCAUUUUGACUCCACCUUUUCAAAUUUAUCGAAAGAAGACUCCGAUCUUGUUCUGUCUACAUAUGGAGAUGAAUUAGGUUUACAGUAUGCAGAGAGCAUCACUACUUUUGCAAAAGAUUCUGAUUAUGUUAUGAAAAUGGUGGAUAAUCUUUUGGAUUCCCUUACCAAUGGAGAGCACUCAAAAACUGUUAAGUUGUUGGAAGAGAAGAAAAUACUUAGGGAAGAGGAAGCACAAGCAAGGAAGGCUUUAAAACCUUUAAAUGAGAAUGAAAUAGGAAAGAAUUCACCAUCCAGCAAUAGCAAUGGUGAUAUUGAAUCUUUUCAAACAUUGGAAGACAUAGAUCUUGAAAUAUCUCGCCUUGAACACGCAGGAGCAGAGAAUUCGUUAGGAGAUGACGAAAAUAAAAGAGUUGAAAGUGGUGAAAAAUCUGAGCGCAUUUUGCAAAAGCACAAGCAAUUGCUCAUUCAGAGGAGAGCAAUUCAACAAAAGCUAGACAAUGCUACUCAGCUUCUUCAGGACUUAAGAAAAGUUCAAAAUGAACGCCUUAGUUCUAAUCCUCCUCCUCAUAUGGCACUUGUUCGAGCACCGUCUAAUAUAGAACAUGAUUUAGCUGACAGAGUAACAAAAAAGCUUGCAGAUGUCUCUUCUCAGCUUCUUCCAGACAACAUUGUCAGUGUCGAAGGAAUUAGAAAGGCAAUGGGUAUAACAUAUCGUUCUCCCAAUACUACGAAUUUGAAAAACAUUAAGAAGUCUGAAGCAAAUGUGCGAAGCAAUGAUGCAGACAGACUUGCUGGUGAUGUAUCAGUUCUUAGAGAUGAAACUAUUCUAGAUCAUCACUCUCCUCCGGAUGUAUCAUCUGACGACAGAAUGAAUCACCAAGAUUUAGAUACUGAACUUCGUGAGUUCUUGGAGACUGGUCCUAUCUUAAGAGUUUGUGAUUCUCCUACAGGAUCUUGAGCUAACUAUCUCUUCAAAUCUUAACUCAUAUGAAUACGUUCUUGUUCCUGCCAUUUGAUUUUAAAUGACAAGUACAACUGGUUGCAGCAAUAUACCAUGUUGGGAGGUCCUAACCAUGCGUUAGGACUACGAGUCAAGGAAAAAAAAGAGUUGUAGCUAUAAAAAGAGUUUACAUAGCUCUUUUAUUUUAUUAUUAUUAUUUUUUUUUUUUUGUACUCAAUAUUGUAAAAAGCAAAGAUAUCAUUAAUUUUAUAUCAUUUUGUCAUGGUUUUAAUGGCAUAUUUUGGUUUUUAAUGAACUGUUUUAUAAUUCAUGAGGUAGUCUUUGUCCUGUAUUUAUUCUUUUUAUACAUGUUCAUGUUUGAUGUUUCUCUCUUUAGAAAUUAGAGUGAUAUUCAUAUUUCAAUUCUGUAAUGAGGGAGAGGGGAGGUGUUAGUUCAGACUGUCUUCAGGUCCUGAAAAUGUCCUGUUUAAAGAUAAGGAAAAAGAGCAGUUAUAAAAUUUUGUGUGCAGUCAUUGGUAUUUUUUUAAAAAAUUGAUUGGAUUUUUAGCAAUUGAAUGAUAUUUCUUUCCUUUUAUUUUGCCUUUCAUUUGCAAAGAUAAAUGAUUGAAUGAUUGACAGAGAAAUAAAAAAAAAAUGAUGCAAAGGAGAAAUGAAAUAAUAUUUAAGGAGUAGAAAGAAAAAAAAAGGGGGGGCACUUAAGAAAAGUUUUUGUUCAAAUGAGCACUUAAUUACUUGACCAGAAUUAAAUUCUAUCUUCAUAAAUGCUAACUGCUAGAAGGUUGAAAUUUUGGAUUUUUUUUUUUUUGCUUCUGCAGAUUCUAAUUAAGAGAAGGGAUAGCUAAGAACUAUUUAUUAAAAGAUAGGGCUUUAUAAACAUGAAUCAGAUAUGUGCUUCGUUUUUAAGAAAGCAUUUAAAAGAAUUACUGUACUCGGGACUUCUCUAGUCAUUCCCCCUCUCCUUCCCAAUUCAAAUGUGUUUUUAGUGAGAAAGACAUGUAAAUUAUUUUUUUUUCUAAUUCUGAUCAAAAGGUGACAAAUUUAGGAGUAAAAAGCAAGGAUUUCAUUUAUCAAAAAGAAAAACAUGCUGGGUAUUGCACCCUUUAAAAAAAAUUUCGGAACAUCUCUGACUGGUAUAUGUUUUCCUUGUUUAAAAAUCAUUCCACUUUUACUUUUUAGUAAUUUGUAUAUUCACUUAAAUUUUAAAACUUUCGAGCUACUGCAUGAAUAAAAUAAGGUAAAAAUUUCAUUAAGAUGCAGUCGACAACAGUUGAAAAUAAAAUUAAUAUUUGCAUUUGCAUAUAAGUUUUUGUAUAAUUAAAUUACAAUAUCCUUUCACUUAUCAAAAUAUUUCUACACCUUGUGUAUGUAUGUUACUAUUAUUGCUAACUUUUGUUGCUUAUAAGCUAUACUGUAUGACAAAAACUAUAGUAAUUAGUUGUUUGUAAUGGUUAUGAAUUUAUAUUCAAUUAUUUCAGUAGAUACACAAACUAAUUUAUUUUUCAGAGUAAACUUAAAAAUUAUAAAUUAUUUAAAUUGAUCUACGUUUAUUUGAAUGCAUUAAUUUUAUAAGAUUGUAAUAAUUAUCCAUAAUUUUUAGUCUUGUGUAUUCACCAAAGCUUUUUCAAUUGUUAAAAAAAUACUGUGUUUAUGUUUUGUGCUACUAAUUCAAGCACAUUAUACAUACAUGAAAUUUUAAAGAACUUUCUGUAAGUAGGAUUUUUAAUCUCUAAAACAAUUAAAAUCUCUUCGUUUUUUUUCUUAUUACUUCAUUAUAUGCCAAAAUCAUUUCAUCAUUGUAAAUUUAUGUUUUACAAUGCAUUUAUAUAAAAAAUUAUAAGCGUCUGAAACCAGUUUCAAGCAUUAUAUCAAAAGUUACUUGAACAUUUUCACAGACAAAAAUAUUUUUGUAUUGAAACUUCUUUAAUCAAAAACAUGCACUUAAAUUGACAUUGAAUGACAUGAAGAAACAGUUAAUUUUUAAUUCAAUAUUUAAUAACAGUUGUAAAGUUUUUUGUGAAAACUUUUCUAUUUAAAUUAUAUAUGUAAUGAAGUAUUUAUAAGCAGAUUUAUAUACUGUAUCUUGCAAAAUUA